UUUUUUUUACCCUCAUCUUGUAUAAUUAUUGCCAUUUCUCAAUUUGCAGAAUCGGAAAGUUUGUGUUCUCUGUAAUCUGAAGCCAGUGGCUAUGCGUGGUAUUAAAUCACAUGCGAUGGUUUUAGCUGCAUCAAAUGAUGACCAUACCAAAGUGGAGUUGGUCGAACCGCCGGCGUCGGCUGUAGUAGGGGAGCGCGUAACCUUUCCUGGAUAUUCGGGCGAACCGGAUAGCGUGUUAAAUGCGAAGAGCAAAGUAUGGGAGAAGGUUCAAGCUGAUCUCCGUACAAACGCUGACUUGGUUGCCUCUUACAAGGAUGUGCCCUUCACCACCUCGGCCGGAGUCUGCAAGGUCUCAUCCAUAGCAGAUGGGGAAGUGAGGUAGUGAGAUUUGUUGAUAGUAAUUCUCUCAAAUAAUUUUACACAGGAAGUCCGCUCAUUUUGAGUAGUAUUUGAGAUUAUCAAAUUGCUAAUUGUAACUUUUUGAGUGGAUAUAAUAUAUAAUUUGGCAAGUUGGAUAUUUAAGAAGGUUUUUUCAUUGUGUUUGUGAUAUAUUUAUUUUGCUAGUUGUGACUACUGAGAUUGGAUGUAUUUGCAAUUUUUAAGCUGUUUCAUAUAGGUCAAAAUAUUUGGGAUGGUAUGUGAAUUUGGAUGCAAAAUUUUCAUU